AUGGGCAUCAUAGUGACACUGGGUGAUGCAUACUGCUUUUCUAAAAUAAACAAGCCAGGGGAGGCCGACAAAGGCUGUAUCCUGGAUGGAAAACCGUAUCCCUUUGGAGACAUCGCUAGGACACAUAAUUGCUUUAGAUGCAGCUGCAGCCAGGAUGCAAUGCGCUGCUGCUCCCUCUUUCAUACUCCUAUUGGUUUUGACAAAGUGAACUGUAAAGUCGUUUUCAACAAGGAAAGCUGUGACUAUGACGUGGUGCAGAAGAGUGACCCCUCAAAGGAGUGCCCCGUCUUUUCUCGUGUGGGCUAA